AGCUGUGGGGUUUUUGAACACAUCACAUUCAGAGCUUGGAGCUCGUUGUCGCUCUGCAGGAUGUCUGCAAACAUCAGAAAGGUUUGGGUGGAGGUAGUCUGUGUGUUGCUCUGCAGUAGUUUGAGCGGUGUGUGUUCAGCUCCUCUCUGUAUGAACGGUCAGAAUGGCUGUCACAUCCUCUCCUUGUCUGACCUGUUUGAUCGAGUAAUCCAACACUCUGCCAGGAUGCACGGCAUCUCCAAUGACCUACACUCAGAGUUUGAGCAGUACUUCCUGCCUAGUAAGAAUCAGAUCGGCCGGGUCAGUCGUAACUGUCACACCUCCACCAUAUUAACCCCCAAUGGAAAAGAGAACGCUCAGAGGAUGGCGAGACAGGAGCUGACGGAGGUGAUUCUGAAGCUGCUGCUGGCCUGGAGGGAUCCUCUGUGGCACUUCCACCAGAGUAUGGCUCACCAUCCCGACUUCAACAAAUUCAGCUCCAACAAAGCUCUGGAGAUGAGCGACAUGGUGCACGAGCUACGCAAAGGUGUAGAGAAGGUGGCUGAGAAGAUGCAGAUGUCGGGGAUCAUCAGUAACUCUGUCAGCAGUCUGGCCUCUCCUGAAGCUCCUCUGCCAGCCAAUGGUCACAAGUGGCGUCUGAUGAAGGACUACGACCUUCUUUACUGUUUUCGCAGAGACUCCAACAAGGUGCAGAACUACCUGAAGAUCCUGAAGUGUCGCAUCGUUCCAGAGCACGGCUGCUGAAA